AUGCUGGAUCAAGAGUAUAAUUCGCGGGUUAUUAUGGGUAUUCAUAAAUUUUUAGUAGAGUGCAUUGAAAAAGAUGUGGGAAACUACGGUAUGAGAUUUAUUAACGAGCUAUCACAACUGGUCAAAGGACUGCCAGAAUAUAGAUUAGACGCUACAGUCAGCCAAGCAAAAAAACGAUCAAACAUAGAAAUGGAUAAUUGGAAGCUGCAGUUGAAAGCUUUUGUACAGAAUUUAAGUAUAGACUGCGAAUCCGAAAAGGUUCUGGGAUUUUUGAACUUUGCAGAUUCUAACUCUCUUGAGCCUAGACUUGAUUUCCUUCUUUUCUUGAUCAACGUGUCCUAUUUUACUGACACUCUGAAAUCCAUUAUCCAUGAUUCGCAAAGCUUUUUGAAAAACCAAAAAUUCAAUCCUGACCUGACAUCCCAGAACAAGAUCAAUAACGACAUGGACUCUAAUGGCACAGAUGAUAGCAAUAUUCAAAGGCCAACUGUGCUGGAUAAUCCUCUGAAUACCCAUAUUGGAAAAUACCGUGGCUAUCUUUUGAUACUUUUAGAUUACAGCAUUGUACUCAAAGACAAGGAUGAUUUCUACAUGCUAGAGCCGAAAGAUGUAAAGAUUGUGCUGGACGACAUUAAUCCUUUUGAUAAAGUUGAGAAGAUCACGUAUGCAAAUUUAAAGACAGUUUUACAUGAACUAAAGGAAAUAAAUAAAAUCUAG